GAGACUGCCCCGGAGGGGGUGCGCCCUCCACGCCGCUGCUGGACCAAUUGCGCCCGGACUCGGACCCCGCUGAACAGACCCUGGAGGUUGUUGACACCUUGACUGGACAAUGGCAGAAACGUCCCCGGAGCAGGCUUUGGGAUGCUUGGCUGUCCACUCAGCCACUCACAGCGACUCCGUCUUGGCCAGUUUGGAGGAUCAGAGGAAGAAGGGCUUUCUCUGCGACAUCACCUUGAUCGUGGAGAACGUGCACUUCCGGGCCCACAAAGCCUUGCUAGCUGCCAGUAGCGAGUACUUCUCCAUGAUGUUUGCUGAUGAGGGGGAGAUGGGCCAGUCCCUUUAUAUGCUGGAAGGCAUGCUGGCCGAUACCUUCAGCAUCCUGCUGGAAUUCAUCUACACGGGUGAUCUCCACGCCAGUGAGAAAACUGCCGAGCAAAUCCUGGCAACGGCUCAGUUCCUGAAAGUCUAUGACCUGGUAAAGGCGUGCACAGACUUCCAGAAUAACCACAGCUCCUCCAAGCCCUCAACUUUGAAUCCUGCCGGGGCGCAGGUGGUGGUGAUCUCUAAUAAGAAAAAUGAUCCUCCCAAGCGGAAACGGGGAAGGCCAAAGAAAGUCAACCAUUCGCCGGAAGGAGGUAAACCAGGACCCGCUGCCGAGGAAGAAAUACAGCUCAGGGUGAACAACUCCGUGCAAAACAGACAGAACUUUCUGGCCAGUGAAGGCGGCAGCGGAGUGCUGAGCCAACAGAGCCCAGCGAAAGAAGUGGAAGAAGAUCCACCGAUGUGUGAGUCCAGCAGCGGGGUGGAAGAACUCCCGACUGAAAAGGAUGAGAACUGUGAUCCCCAGACCCAGGAUGGGCAGGCCGGCCAGAGUCGGUAUAGCAAACGGAGGCUCCGGAGAUCUGUCAAACUUAAAGAUUACAAACUCGUUGGGGAUGAAGACGAUUAUGGUUCUGCCAAAAGGGUCUGUGGAAGGCGGAAACGUGCUGGCCCUGAGGCCCGCUGCAAAGACUGCGGCAAAGUCUUUAAGUACAAUCACUUUUUAGCAAUCCACCAGAGGAGCCACACUGGGGAGCGGCCUUUCAAAUGCAACGAGUGUGGGAAAGGCUUUGCCCAGAAGCACUCGCUGCAGGUCCACACCAGGAUGCACACGGGCGAGCGGCCCUACGCCUGCACUGUGUGCAGCAAGGCGCUGACCACCAAGCACUCCCUGCUGGAGCACAUGAGCCUGCACUCAGGGCAGAAGUCCUUUACCUGUGAUCAGUGUGGGAAGUACUUCAGCCAGAAGCGACAGCUGAAGAGCCACUACCGCGUGCAUACAGGCCACUCAUUACCGGAAUGCAGCCACUGCCAUCACAAAUUCAUGGAUGUGUCUCAGCUAAAGAAACAUCUACGCACGCACACAGGUGAGAAGCCAUUUACUUGUGAAAUUUGCGGCAAAUCUUUCACAGCCAAGAGUUCUCUUCAGACGCACAUCAGAAUCCACCGAGGAGAAAAGCCGUAUUCUUGCAACAUAUGCGGCAAAUCCUUCUCGGACUCCAGUGCCAAGCGGAGACACUGCAUUCUCCACACGGGCAAAAAGCCUUUCUCCUGCCCGGAGUGCAAUUUACAGUUUGCCCGCUUAGACAACUUGAAAGCUCACUUGAAAAUCCACAGCAAAGAGAAGCCCGUUGCAGACCCCAGCAGCAGGUCCAGCAGUAAUGGUACCGACGAGGUGCGGAAUAUUCUCCAUCUGCAGCCGUAUCAGCUCUCGGCCUCCGGAGAGCAGGAAAUCCAGCUUCUCGUCACCGAUUCUGUACAUAACAUCAAUUUCAUGCCCGGCCCCAGCCAGGGCAUCAGCAUCAUGGCAGCCGAGAGCUCCCAGAGCCUGACCCCCGACCAGACUGCCAAUCUCACCCUGCUCACGCAGCAGCCAGAGCAGCUGCAGGGUCUGAUUCUGUCCGCACAGCAGGAGCAAACCGAGCACAUCCAGGGCCUCAAUGUGAUCGGAAGCCAGAUGGAGCCCACCCAGCCAGAGCCAGUGCACGUCAUCACACUCUCCAAGGAAACCCUGGAAUGCCUUCACGCCCAGCAGGAACCCACAGGGGAGCUCCAGCUAGCAGCAAGUACUGCCGACCCGGCUCAGCACCUGCAGCUGGCCCAGGAGGCUGGCCCCCCGCUACCCGCCCAGCACGCACCCCAGCCCACCCCACUUAGCCAGGGCCAGAGCUGACCUGUCAGCGUGGGGGGCUCCUCUCCUUGGCCUCUUCUCUGGAAGCCAGCCGCAUCUGGAUGGUAAACGCCUGAGGUCCGGCUUUCUGAAAGGCUGGCGUGCACAUCCUUGCAGAGAUGUGAUAACUAGCUGGUUCCUGUAACGCCUUUCGGGCAGCGAGCUGCACCCAUCCUGGGUUAAAGAGGACCGGCUUGGUUUUAGCGGAUUUUCAUUUUCUUCAUCUAUUGCAUCUCUUAAGACUGAAGCACUUUUUCUUGAGGGUGUUCAUUUAGAGUUUUCUGUAGAUGGUAAUGCUCACAGUCAGAGGUUAUGGGCUUGCUGACGAUUCCACAUGUUGAUAGAAUUGGGUCAAGUGUUGAUUCCACUUCCUGAUUUCUCUCGGAUGCCAACCACUGUAUGCCGACCGCAGCCCACUCAGGGCUGCAUGUGACAGGUCACGGUUGGGGAAUUUGCCCUUGUAAGGUUUCCAAUCCCCCAAAAAAGAAGAGUCAGCUCUCAGUAUUUAUUCUCACCAUGGCCUCUUGAUGUCAUGCUUAGGUAGAUUCAGGACAUGGAAACUACAGUUUAUGUAGUUACUCAGUUAAUGUAGCCAGAAAGCCUAAACUAUAGGAGGUUUUUGUUUAAUUCUGAACUCAAUUUUUCAGAGAAACGUGGACUUAAAAUUUUAAUUUAAGUAUCUAGAUUCGAUCAAGACCCCUCCCCCCAAGUAUAUUCUAAAUAAAGCAAAGAGAUUUGCUCUUCUCGAUAAAGUAAAAGCUUUCUUAAAUACCCUGCUUUCUUAAAUACCUUUCUUAAAUAUUACUCAGUAUGGUUUCAGUGUGAAAUGUGCUCUGCCAAAUUCUAAAUGAUCUAAACAUGUCGAUCCUGGGUAAUCUUCUGGAGAUGGGAACGUGUUAUAAUUUUGAACUUUAUUGCAAACUAAAUUCAAUCCCACGAAACGGAUACAUCAUUCCUUUAAACAUCCGUUUCCACUCUUAAAAGCAAUUUGGGACCUCAGAGACUGAGUUAGUAGUCAGUACACGUGACUUUAAUCAUUUUCUGAUUUUAAAUAGCCAAAAGGUUCAAGUAUGUUUGGGGUGGGUUUUACAGCUUACUGUCUGUUUUUUUGUUGUUGUUUUUUCCCCCAUUUUGUAAGCACUUUACUCACCACUCACUCUCAAGUAAACUGGUAGGGUUUUUUUUUAAUAGAAGCCACCACCCCCAAAAAAAGGUGUAUAAUGGGUUAUCUAAAUUAGCAAAAUGCUGGUGGGGAAUAGAGGUGACAGACCCUGAUGUUACCAGUCUUUCUACAGGAGUUCCGUCUGCCUCGGAUGUGUUUGAUUCCACUCGAAUCAAGGUAACUGUUUGGGGGGAGUAGCGUAAUCGAGAACUCUUCAGAUUUGAGAUCAGAUGAUCCAUUUGCCAAGCUGUCUAUCAUUAUGUGUAACUCAGACUUUUCAGAAUGAUAAGUUGUAUGGGUUCCAACCAAAAUCAAGUUAAAUCAGACCUGACUAGUUAGUGUAAGCGUUAUAAAUACAGUUAUACUCUCUAGGUACGAUUUCAGGUUGCUUUUGAUUCAGGCAUUUAAAGUUGUUUAACCAGAUCCUUAAAAUGGAACGUUCUUAUUGACCGUUUUCCCACCCAGUAGGCAUACAUAGUAUUAAAAUCUGUGACAUUU